GGGACCAAGGUCAUUGCAACAGGCCAGGGCCCUGGAUACAGCCGGUUAAGGGUCCUCCUCUCAGUUCCCCUCCCCGCACCUCCCCCCGCCGGGUGUUGCUCCGGUGCCUUCAACUAAGUAAAAACCCCGGAGUUUUAUGCGCAAGUGCUUGGGGGAAGUUAGGGUCUUUACUCCCAGUCACUGGGGUGGGGGUUCGGCGUCCGCUAGGCGCCGCCACCUUCCUUUCAUCCCCAGCCUGGCCAUCGCGGGAGGGCUGUGCGUCCUGGGGAGACCCUUCCUCGUUCCGGAAGGCAGUUCAUUCCAUUGUAAACUGGUCAUGGCGCUCCCGCGUCGCUCGAUCACCGCGACCAGAGGAGAUGCGCCCGACUUCUCCGAACUGAGUUGCCCUCCCGAACUACAUAGUGCCGGUCACCCUUGGGCGCGCAGGACGGCCUGGAGCCAGGAACGCGCCUUCUUGUCGCCCAAGGAGGCGCCAAGCACCCAGCGGUAGCCCUAUGCCCCGCCUCCCCCAACGCAGCAAGAGUGAGACUAGGCCUCUGCCGGGCGCCAGCCCCUGACCCCUCGGCGCCUCCCGUCUCCUCCUUCCGAUCCGGCCGAGUUCGUGAGCGAGACUCCAGGGACUUCCUCCCCGCACUGCCGGGUGGUCACUGGAGCCCUGUACCCGGUCGCUUCCGGGGCACCCUGGUCUGGCCUUUUUGGCCUGCCUCCGUCAGCUCCGCUGCCCCAGGCUGAUGACCCCCCUGCCAACAGCUGCCAUGGCCAGGCCCCUGAGCAGGGAGAUGGGGAGUCAAUGCAGCUGGGGACAGCCUCCCCGCCUCCUCCCCACGCAGACCAGCCCCCGGAGACCACUGGCCCCGAGCCACCCCCACCCCUCGUGCCACCACUGCCUGCUGGGAGUCUGCCUCCAUACCCUCCAUACUUUGAAGGCGCCCCCUUCCCUCACCCACUCUGGCUGAGAAGCACAUAUAAGCAGUGGGUGCCACAGCCACCCCCCAGGACCAUCAAGCGGACCCGGCGGCGUUUGUCCCGCAACCGUGACCCAGGCCGGCUUAUCCUGAGCACCAUCCGCCUACGGCCGCGUCAAGUGCUCUGUGAGAAGUGCAAGAGCACCCUGAGCCCCCAGGAGGCCAGCCCUGGCCCCCCAACCACCUCCAGGGCCCGCCGGAGAUUGAGCAGUGGCCCAGAGAGAGAGCACCAGAAGCCCGAGGAGCCAGAGGACGGUGAUCCCACGGCUAUGGCCACAGUUCCCACGAGGCGGAGCAAGAGAGAGAGGCGGGAGGAGGACAGAGCCCCUGUGGAGCAGGUUCCACGGAGCCCUGUCAUUAAGAUCUCCUAUAGCACACCCCAGGGCAAGGGCGAGGUGGUCAAGAUCCCUUCCCGAGUGCACGGAUCUCUGGAGCCCUUCUGCCCCCAGCAGGCUCUGCAAAAUGGAAACCAGGACGCUGCAGCGCUACGGGACUCUGAACCCAGGGGUGGUGGAGACAGGCCUCCUGGAGGGCCCUUGGCCACCAUCCCCAAGCUGAAGCUCACACGGCCUGUUCCUCCCAGCUCAGACCUGCCACCUCCCAAGAUCCGCCUGAAGCCCCACCGCCUGGGAGAUGGCGAGCGUGAGCCCGUGUACCGGGCUGAGCUGGUAGAACAGCUGAAUGGCUGUAGGCAAGGCCACCAGGCUGGCUCACCGGCUCUCUUUGCGGAUGGCCCUGCCCAGGGGUUGGCAGACUUGUCUUCUGGAAGUUCUGGUGAGGACGAUGACUUCAAGAGGUGUCCCCAAGGUAAACAGGGACGUGAUGACUUGGCUUUUCUUGUCAACUGCCCUAAGAGGAGAGCAGAUUGUGCCAGUGAGUCAGUGUGCAGCAGCGACAGCCUGGAUGAAUCCAAAUCAUCUAGCUCAGAAGUCACGUCACCAGACACGGGUGACCUCUCAUCCGGCGAUGGUGCUUCUGUGCCUUCCUCUUCUGGAGAUGCUCACCAGACGGUUCCGCCCCUAACGGUCAGGCUGCAUACACAGAGCGUCUCUAAAUGUGUUACCGAAGACGGAAGGACAGUGGCUGUAGGGGACAUCGUAUGGGGUAAGAUUCAUGGUUUUCCUUGGUGGCCAGCCCGUGUCCUUGACAUCAGCCUUGGCCAGAAGGAGGACGGAGAGCCCUCUUGGCAAGAAGCGAAAGUCUCGUGGUUUGGUUCUCCAACUACAUCAUUCUUGUCUAUUUCAAAACUCUCCCCUUUCUCUGAAUUUUUCAAACUGAGAUUUAACCGUAAGAAGAAGGGGAUGUAUCGGAAAGCUAUAACCGAGGCUGCAAAUGCUGCGCGACAUGUGGCCCCAGAAAUAAGGGAGCUCUUAACCCAGUUUGAGACGUAACGUUGGUUCGCUAACUAGGUCACCGUCGGUGAGAGCACAGCUGUUGUCCUGGAACUUCUGACUUCCACCCGAGGGACCCCCAUGUGCCUUCUGGCCAGCCGUGGGCACAUACACACUGGGCACAGUGGUCAGCUUGGUGUGAGGCCAUCAGAGAGGAGCAGGUGUGUCAGGGAGAGGACAACCCAGUGCACGGUGGCGCCUUUCGGCUGAAUGUAUUUAUUCCUGUGACACAGACUUUAACUUACCUGGUUUGGGAAGUAGCCAGGAACUCGAAGAUGUGCUUGCUGCUGCUGCUUCCCAUGCUAGGGGGCAUAGACAGCCCACCAGGCUCAGGGCAUCCCAUGGAGGACUAGGGCCAGCUGCCUGGUCUCUGGCUGCUAGUGUGGGUGGCCAUGCCCAGCCAUGGAGCAUCCUCCUGGGUUGCCCUGAAGGCUUCAGGAAAUUGCAUGUGAAGGGUUCUCCUUCCCAAGCCCUUGAGUGCGAGGUCUCUGUGCACUUGAAAGCCGGGAACCCGCCAUGCCUUCCCCUCCAUGUUCAUCCAGAGCAUGGGUCCCACUGAGCACCCAGCACUGGCCUGCAAGGCCACCUUGAGAGAUGCUGCUAUGAGUUACCAGUACUGUGUGGAGGGGGGAGGCGCUGCCAUUGCAGAAACAGGCUUAAACAUUAAAAGGAAAAAAAAAUAAUAAAACUUGCUCUGUUGUUUAUAAGAGUGCAUUUCUUCCCCCUCCCUUUUGUCACUUUAAAGA